AUGCCGUUAGCACCGGGAACACGAUGCUUUUUCGUCAUCGCCGUUAUUUCCUUUUUGUUGGAGGCAAGUUAUUGCCUUGAGGAUCUAAUGGGCAAUAGGCCAACUAAUCCUUAUUUUCCGCUGGCCGAGGAUCAUGCAAGAAUCUUUUUGGUGACCCUUCUGGCCCUCGUUUUCCUGAUUCUUAUGGGCUGCUUGGGAUGCCUCUGCUGCUACUGUCGAACUUGGCAGGCAAUGGCUUCGGCACCGGACGGCCUUGAUAUCUAUGCCCCACGCACCCAGAGCAUUGUGUGGCCCACUCUGCCCCAGGACACAGUGAGGAUCCGGGAGCUGACCUUGCAGCACACCGCCAAGUCCGGGUGCCUCUGUCCAAACUGUCGCCCCGGCAGGAUUUCCCUGUACAUUGAGAACUGUGGUUUGCAUUGGAACAAUCACGGCAGCACCAUGUCUGUGUGCUCGCAGGGAAUCGCAGCCAGGUGGUGUCUGUUGUUGAUUACAGCUGCCCUGACCACCUUCCCUCACCUGUCCAAUGCCGAUGACAACAUUACAGAUUUCGACUGGCUGAACGAGACACAGCUGCUGGAAAUGUUUGAUUACGAAAACAUCACUGAGUGGAAUUCCACGAAAGUCGAUGUGGAUGUGGAUGUGGAUGUGGAUACAUCGUUCGAAGGGACUAAUGUUGGUGAAUCCUUUGGUGAAUCCUUUGUUGAGAAGAGCAACGGAAGCAGCAAUGUGAUCUUUUCAUUCAAAGAGCUGCGCCAGAAUCAAUAUUAUGCUCGAAUUGUCUUCAUGAUUGUGCUUUUGCAUGUUGCUGUUCUUGGAGUUUGCAUCACAAUUUACAGCCUGGUGUACUGCAAGGUGAGGACCCUGAGGAAGCUCCGGCGAGCGAAAGCCCAACGAUGUUUGCAACUGAUGAAUCUACAGUCCCAGCACGUGCCCAACUCCAAGGAUUGCCCCUGCUCCGGCUGCAUUAUGGCCAGGGAUAUGGUGCAGGGCCUGAUCCUGCAGCAAUUGCACGAAGUGGUCGAAUGCUAACAAAGGAUGCCUCUAUUGGGGGGUAAAAUUGAUUAACAACGAAAUAAAUGCACAAUUUCUAUGCAUGAGAUUGACAGGUGAAUAUAUAUAUACACACAGAUAUUCAUUGCAUAGUCAACAUUUAUAUAUUGCAUUCACGUGGAUGGAAAAGUUGGAAAAAAAAACGA